AUGCGACAAAAGAAUAUUCGUAAGGGACCACCGAAACCAACAUCUACCACUAAUUGUCCAAGAAAUGAUGGUAAACGCGAAGUGGGAACGUUGGAGCUCUAUUGUGCAGUAUGUAAAAAGUGGUUUCAUGGGCGAUGUUUGAAAGACUUACCCGAUUUUUAUGGGCUACCAUUCAUGGUUUGCUAUGUUUUUAACUGUGCCGAUUGUAGCCCUACCAAUCAAGAAACAUGGACACCAAAGCAAGCUAACUUUGCGCACAUGUGUGUAACGGUACUUGCAAAUCUAACAUAUAAUGCACGAACUAAGAAAGCUGGACCAAAAGAUGAUUCGAAUACUAUGGAGCAAGAAUUAGUAUUUUUGAAUUUAGAAAAUGAAAUUAUACCUUAUUUUAAUGCACAAUGGGAAAACCUCACUUCCAUGUCUAGAAGAGUGAAAAAUACGUGGCAUCAAACACUACAGAAAUCAUUAACUAAAGAAGCAGAAUUAUUCGAAUCCAGUGAAAAUGGGCAAAUGUUUGCAUUACGUGAACGUGAUUUAUCUUCUAUAGGUCCAGGUCAUGAAGCACUGAAGCAAAUAGGUCGGAGUAAGCAACCACUAUCAAAUUCAGCACGCGAUGUAUCGAAGGAAAAAUUAGACAGAUCUGAUGAUUUAGUGGAUGGUCCCAAAACAAGAGGCUCAUCCAAAAGACGCAGUAUUGAUACUUCAAGCUCAUCCAAAAAAGCAAAACUUACUGCGGAUUAUGCGUCGACACGUAUUGCUGGAAUUCCAUCGCCAAUUGAUUUUCCAUUUAAUCGUGAGGGCUAUCGAUAUUAUCUAGUAGAAAAAGAUCUUAAUGUUCCAAACAGGGAUGUUUUUGAAAUGGAAGAUAGCAUGUAUAAUAAACCGAUUCCUGCUCAUAUUUAUCGUGUUGUAGUCCAUCCGUUUGUUACAUUAUCACCGAAUGAUCGCGCUUAUCAGUUGAAACUGUCAGAAGAUCGGUUAUCUGUUAGUGGUUUUGAAGGUUAUUGUGUUGCUCGUGCCACACACCCAGUAUGCCAUGGUACAUGGUAUUUUGAAGUGGUUUUCACUGCACAACCACCAGGAUCACAUAUAAGAAUUGGGUGGAGUCAGGCUGUGGCACCGGUACAGGCUUGUGUUGGUUAUACCCAAUUAUCGUACGCUUGGAGAAGUCUUAAAGGCACGAUUUUUCACCAUGCGAAAGGUAAACAUUACGCUACUGGUGGAUUUAAAGAGGGGGACGUUCUAGGAUGUUUGAUAUCUUUACCGGAAUGCCCAGCUGAUGUUACGUAUAAUUUCAAAUCGGUAGAUGACUUACCGCCAUCUUCAACUUAUUUACCAUCUUCUUACAAAAAUUUGCCGCUAAUUAACUUCAAACACAAUUACUUUUACGAAGAAAAGGAUGAUGUAUGUGCUAUACUGAAAAAUCUAAGAUCAGUGCCAGGAAGUUGGAUUGAAUUUUAUCGAAAUGGAGAAAGCUGUGGUAAAGCAUUUCAAGAUAUUUAUGCUGGUUUCUAUUAUCCUUCAGUGUCAUUAUUUCAAGGUGCGACAGUUCGCUGUAAUUUUGGUCCUAUAUUUCGUUAUUCAGUACCAUCUGGUGCACGCGGAAUGCAUAUGAGGGUUGAAGAAAUGUUUAUUGAGCAAACAAUGUCUGAUAUUUUAUUUCUCAUUGAAAAUGAAGCCGAAUUAGCUGCAGAAGCUGCUAAAUGUUUUCGCUCAUAGUU